AUGGCUUCUCCUCUCACUGAAUCAACUCUUAUCUCGAAGCUUGAAACCUCUGAUUCCCCUGGAAUUUACGCCCUAGUUUCCGAUUACCUCCGUCCCUUCUCAGAUAUUAAUUCUCCCUCUUCCAACAAUGAUCAAACCCUAAUUCGACAAUUAGCGAAACAUUUUAUUUCAUUCAUCAACACCUCCCUAUCAAUUCUCCCGAAACGUCUUCCAGGUAUUUCAAAAUCCAACGAGGUUUUAAUACUCGAGUUAUUCAAAACAUAUUUUCUGUGUUUGGAUUGUUUAGAAGUAGUGUUUCCUCAUUUGGAUUCCAAGCCCUCAGCAAUCCAUUUCCGAAGACUUCGAUUGGUUCGUUGUUUUGAGUUAUGUGAUCGGUUCCACGAGGCUGAAGCUGAAGGAUUUAGGCUUUUAAAGAGGCUGCUCCCAGGAGUGAAAAGGAAGAAGAUUCUUCCAGAUAUUGGCAAAAUUGGUGGAGAUGAUAAAGAUUCAUUCUCGUUGUUGGUUGUUGAGAUUGUUGUGACCUUAGUGAGGUGUGCAUCAAAGGCUUCUUCUCAUAAAGAGGAUGACUACUUCAAAAGAGUGCUUCAAUUGAUGGAUGAAGUAAAACCAUGGCUUAUGGGUUUGGAUUGCAAUUCGUAUGAAAAGUUUCAUAAGUUGUUAGUAUAUCACUUGGGUAAAUGUGCUUUAAAUUUACUCGAGAAGAAGACGUCAUUCUCUGAUAAAGACUUGCUGAUCACUUUUUGCCGAACGGCAUUGAUUAAGUAUGCAAAAUCUUCAAUUAAAGAUCAAUUGUUUAAGAUUGCCCAAAACAUGUGCUCCUUAUUUUUCAAGUGGGAGGAAAAUAAAUUCUUGUAUGUCAUGGAUAUACUGGACUGUGUUGCUCCUAAAAGCAAGGUUGAAGAAAAAAAUGCUGGAAUAGAGUUUGCUAAACUUGUAUAUCAUUGUGCCGUUAAAUGUCAGACUGCAAAUGCAAGUUUUUGCGAUACAUUUGCGGCCUAUCUGAACAAAACAGCAGAGCAUUAUAAACAGUUUAUGAGACCCCUUAAUUCAAUAUUGCGGCUCUAUGCUGCGGGGUUGCUCCUUGUUAACUGUAAUUUGAGGUCAAGAGCCGAAGAUCUUGUAUCCCCGGGCAUUGUGAAAUUUGAAUGUUUGUUGGGAGCUUUACUUGAAAAUAAGAAAAUACUACAAAGUUCACCACCUUUGCUCGGCUCCUUGCAUAUUUGCAGCAGAAGUAGUUUUAUGUCAUCCAGUGUUGUAGACCCACAAUUUGACGGCCACACAUGCACACAGUCAUCUUCUGAUUGUGAUGAUUCCACCACAUACCUAUCCUCUUACAUACAAGCAUUGGACUUUCUAUGCCAACCGCUUGCUAAAACAAUAAAUUCAGAAAGGAAACAGUUAGUAACUGGAAAGGACGAUGCUUCUGCUAUGACUAUGCUUUCAAUUGUUGAAGACGUAUUUCAUGCGUUUUGCCAAUUUACUCUUCAUAGUCCGAGUUUGAAAUUUGAAAAGAAUGAUAACAUAGUUGACAAAAGUAGUAAAACAGUGCCCUCGGUAACUUUGGCAGCUUUCACUCUUUCCAUCAGAACCAAUCUUAAAAUCCAGGAAAGCAAACAAUUGAUUAAGCAUAUCAGUGAUAGCAAGUGGAUUGAUACAGAAUGGUUUAAAUACAUAAUUGAUUGUCUCUAUAGUAUCGGCAUAGUUUUGUACAAAAACAAGCAGCCAAAAGAGGCUUCAAAGGUUCUAAAUUUGUGCUGCAAAACAUCAUGGCUUUAUAUUAAACACCAUUGUGGUAAUCUCUCAGAAGGUGCUUUGAACGAGUUUGUAAUGGAUGUUUACACAAGAAAUGCCACACUUUUAGUUAUUCUUGAUGAAACCAACAAUAUUAAGAUAACAAAGAAAUUGAUUGACACCCUUAAAAACUGGUCGAGUGCUAACGAUCUGUUUGAGAAGCUUCCAGUUCCUAUACCUGUGUUGAAGAUGUGGGUGAAGAAAGAAUGCAAACGUUUUCAGGAUGUUGGUGAGAGAGUUGAUUCUCCAAGCUUAUUAUACAGCCUAUUGUCGUCUAACACUGAAUUUUCAAAGACGAACAUUGGCACAAUCUUAGAGCAGGAGCUUACUGCAUACGAGGAGAUGACUGAUUACUGCCCAGAAUUUUGUCAGAAAAUGCAAAUGAAAAUCACAAACAUCCUCCUUCAAAAGAUAUAUAUCACGCCAAACAGUUUCUUUCAAAAGGCACAAACUCUAGUCAGAAAGGGAAAGGCAUUCAGGUUAUACGGCAUAGUUGGUCUUCGGGACUGCAUUCAGUGUUUGUCAGAAGCAAUCAUAAUAAUGAAGGAGAUUUCUGGUGAGAUGUGUACCAAAUCAAUUCCCAUUUAUCAUGAGUUGUGUGUGGCAUAUUGUCUACGUGCACUAUGUACCCAGGAAGCUACACCUUGUUCACAGUUAAAGGGUUUCAUGGAGCUCUUCAAUGAUGCAUACCGGUUGGUUAUCAGAUUGUUCAAAUUGAAGAAUGUCUCAACUGAGAAGUGGUUGACCUUAUUGUGGGAAAGUAGAAGGCUCAGUUACGCUCUUUGUGUUUCACCUGUGAACGAGGCAUUCAUCAAGAACUCAUUGGAUGAGUUCAGCGAUCUUUCAAAUAUUAAUUUCUGGAUGCAUAAUCUUAAAGGAAACGAAUCCUCAUUUAUAGGGUUUCAACAAAAUUUCUCAUUUUUGUUUGCAAGCUCUCAUAAGAAUUCUUGCGAUCAUGGGAGCACUUUUCAAGUAGAAAUCACAGUUGAAGAAGUUCAAAAAGCUGUCCUCAAACUAAUUUCAAAUGUUCCUGUUCCAAAUCAUUGCACUUUUCUUGCUGGAUAUCUUUACGGUGACUUGAGCCAAAGACUCGUCGCAAAUGGGAAGUUAUUAGAGGCUCUUUCAUUUGCAAAAGAGGCUCAUAGAUUACAUGACCAGCUCUUUAAAGUGAAAUACAGGCACAUUUUUCAGAAGCAUAUUGAAGCGAACAAUAUACCUGUUAAUUUUUCGAAGAAACUUAUGGAUCGUAUUGAUCAAAUUGAAGUGGACAUGUCAGUUGUCAGGGAAAUGUUUCUAUUUGAUUCAAAAUCAUGGGACUUGAAAGACAAUUAUUUGAGUCCGUGGAAAAUUAUGCAGUGUUACCUUGAGAGCACUCUUCAGAUAGGAAACAUCUAUGAAAUUCUCGGAGAUGGAAAUAAGGCCGAAACCUAUCUUCAAUGGGGGAAAGCAAUAUCGUGUUCACUUCAAUUGCCUUUGUUUAUAGUUGCUUUUUCUUCCCUCUUAGGAAAACUGUACGUUACGAAAAAAAUUUGGGAUUUGGCAGAAAAGGAACUUCUAUAUGCUAAGAAGAUUUUGGAUGAUAACAACACGCCAUUUUGUUGUUCAAAGUGUAAACUAAUACUUGAAGCUACUCUUUAUGGUUAUCGUGGAGAUUUAUUUCAAAGUAAAUUUAACGCCCGUGAUGAGGGUAUUUCUACAGAGUUUGCAAAAAAAUUGUACAUAACAGCUAUGAAUAAAUUAACUAUUUCUGAAUGGAAAAACCCUCUGAGUUGUCCUGAAGACGAUGGUGAUGCAACUAUAACAGAUGCAAAAUGUGCUGCUGGAAAGACUUGUACUUGCUCCAUAAUGAAUGAAGCAAAAUUAGGGCCAGGAACCAAGGUUGGACCUAAACCAAAUACAAAGUCUAAAAAAGAAGCCAAAGUUAUAUCCAAGGAACCAAACAUAGUAGUUGAGAGUACAACAAGGAUAACUCGUUCUCGAUAUAGAGCUAUGCAGAAGCAAAAUACAAGCAUUUCUAGGAAGUUAGAAGUCAAUGAAAAUGUGGAAGGGAACCAAAUUUCUGGUCCAUCUGAUAUGCUUAGUCAGAAGGAGUCAAUUUUGACGGGGAUAGGUUGCAGCAUUUCUUCAAAGUGUACGAUAACAUGUGAUUUAUCUAAAAUGAAGUGUUGGAACUGCCUUCCAUCUGAAGUUUUGAAAUCUGGGUUGUUAAAUGAUUUUAUUAUUCUUAAAUGGGAGUUUGUCCGCAGGAAACUUUCAAUGAAGCUACUCACUCGAGUAGUGAAGUGUUUUGCAUAUCCUCGUCAAAUCGAUGAAGCACGGGAAAUUCUUCUAAGUAGCAUAUCACUUCUGUUUGGAAGAAACUCAUUCUGCCACACGUUUUCAUCAAUUCCUCUAGAUUAUUUUCACCAAAUGGUUGCAAAGGAGAUACCAGGAGAUGUAUUUGCUAUUGAGCGUGCAGAGAUAGUUUAUAGCAUAAGUUGGCAUUAUUUGAAAUGCUAUAAUUCCAAAUUUACAAGAACCAUAUUUUGUGAUCGAUCUCACAUCAAGUUUGAAGACAUAGCUUCUUGGCUGAUGGUGUCUAACUUACUUGCUGUGGUGUAUGCGGUUUCUUCAUUGAGUGAACAAUUUUCUAUGCCGUCUUUAAGCAAGGUUUUAGAUGAAAACUAUUGGUCUUCGUACUUCCACCAAGCUGCAAUUGGAACUUAUCCUACAUACCAAUUUAUUUCACAUUUAACUGAACGAUGCAAGGGUCCAUUUGUUACUGGAUCUUCUUGCAUGAAAGAAGGCACAAUUGAUUCACUAAGAAUUGCUCCUGAUUCCACCAUAGAUCUUACAGAAUAUGUGAAGAAGUUUUUUGCUAGUCUCCCACUCACAAUCAUCAUCAGUAUAAGUUUGCUUCAAAAUGAAUAUACUAGUUUACUACAGGACUUGUUGCCUUGUCCUACACGUGUUCGCGCAUGGAUGUUGGUUUCACGACUGGAUUAUAAGACUGAACCUGUUGUGAUGUUAUUGCCACUAGAUUCUAUUUUACCAGACAAGGGUGAUCUGGAUACUAGUUCAGAAUUUUUUCAAAUGUGUGGGAAACCUAGUAAAACUUGGCGUUGCCCAUGGGGUUUUGCAAUGGUUGAUGACAUUGCACCAGCCUUCAAAGCCAUUUUGGAAGAUAAUUUCUUGUCAUUUUCAUCUAAUUUUGAAAAUACAGAACAUAAUAGGAUGUUAUGUUGGAAGCAAAGACUCAACAUUGAUCGUCGUCUUGAAAAGUUUUUGAGGAAUAUUGAAGAUUUGUGGUUUGGUUCAUGGAAAUGCUUGCUUCUUGGAGAAUGGUUGAAUCGCAAUUACUUUGACUCCGUGCUUAAAAAUCUUGUGAAUGAUCUACGGUCUAAGUGCAACUUAGAGGUAAAUGAAGGUCUUCUUAAAAUUAUUCUUGGAGGCUCAAAGAAAGACUUCUGCUUUGAUAAAGGAGGUUAUUGUGAGGAAGCAAGGAGUGGAAUAUUUGGAAAUGCAGCCCAUAAAUUAAUUUCAUCAGAGGUUGCUUUUGAACUAUUAAAUGACGCCUUUUAUGUGCUAGAAGUGGAUGACUCUAGGAAUAGAGAGCCUGUAAUUCUUGUGUUGGAUUCUGAGGUGCAGAUGAUCCCUUGGGAAAAUUUGCCGAUACUAAGGAAUCAAGAAGUUUAUCGCAUGCCUUCAGUUAGUAGCAUCUUUGCUGUUUUUGAUAAAGGCAACUACCAAAAGGUUCAAGUGGGAAGGAAUUCGGCGCCCUUUCCUUCUAUAGAUCCUCUUGAUGCUUUUUAUUUAGUAAAUCCAGGUGGUGAUCUUGUUGGCACUCAAAUUAAAUUUGAGAGUUAUUUUAGAGAUAAAAACAUUGAGGGAAAGGCAGGAUCUAAACCGGUCGUAAAGGAAAUGAUUUCUGCAUUGGAAAGUCAUGAUCUUUUUAUAUAUGUUGGACAUGGAAGCGGAGUACAAUACAUUCCCAUACAUGAGAUUCAGAAACUUCAGCAAUGUGGGGCUACAUUUCUAAUGGGGUGCAGCAGUGGUUCAUUGACCUUAUAUGGGAGCUAUGCGCCGCAUGGUGUUCCUUUGUCAUAUCAGCUGGUUGGUUCUCCAUUCGUUGUUGCCAAUCUAUGGGAAGUAACAGAUAAGGAUAUAAAUCUAUUUAGCAAGGUUAUGCUUGAUGCUUGGUUGAAAGAAAGGUCCAAAGUUACAAUGCAAUGCUUGCAGUGCAACUUACUAUCAGAAAAAUUUGAGGCCAUUAAUUUGAAGGGCGGGAAGGGUAGAGCAAAGAGAAAAGUCCCAAAGAAGAAAUCAUUAAAGUCGCCUGAGAGUGAUUCACUUGAGAAUAAGUGUAGCCACAGACGCACGAUUGGGGCUUUUAUGGGUGAGGCGCGUAAUGCUUGCGUCCUUCGUUUCUUAAAUGGGGCAGCUCCCAUAUGCUAUGGUGUUCCUACUGGAAUUUCGAGGAAAAAGGAUAUAUAG